GGGGCGGCUGGGCCUGGGCGAGGCCGGGCGGGGAUCGCCGGGGCGGGAGCAACCGGGCCGCCGGAAUCCAAGCCGUCGUCCCAUCGGCCGCUGCCACCUCCAGUUCUUGGAGCCCUGGUGUGUGCUAGACAAACACUCUGUCACUGGACUACAUUCCAGCCAGAACUUGGAAUCUGAAGUCACAUGCACUUAGGGUUCGUGGUGGGACUGCCGCAUGCCAGUGAUGUGACCCCCACUUUUGAGCAAUUUGCAUAUUUCCUUGAAGAACCCUCUGAAGCCGAACAGCCUGUCCUGGGACUUAGAGAAAGGGACGCCCACGUUGGUUCUCCAGACCUGGGGCUGGGAAUGGCCACAUGGAACAGGCCACCCCCGAGGCAGCCUGUGGCAGCAGAGCCAGCUGCAGGAGGGGAGUCUCAGCAGCCCCUGGGCCGAGAGCUGACAGAAGCCAACCGCUUUGCCUAUGCCGCCCUCUGUGGCAUCUCUUUGUCACAGCUGUUUGCAGAACCUGAGCAAAGUUCCUUCUGCACAGAAUUUGUGACGGGCCUGGUAAAAUGGCUGCAUUUGUCCGACGCUGUCCUCCCAACCAUGACUGCCUUUGCCAGCGGCCUGGGAGGUGAAGAAGCCGACAUCUUUGCUCAGACUUUACUGAAGGACCCCAUCCUGAAAGGAGACCCAUCAGCAGUCACUCAGGACCUCCUCAGCUUCUCACUCAAGGAUGGACACUAUGAUGCCCGGGCCAGAGUCCUCGUUUGUCACGUGACUUCCCUGCUCCAGGUGCCCGUGGAGGAGCUUGAUAUACUGGAAGAGGCAUUCCUGGAGAGCCUAAAGGACACCAAAGAGGAGGAGUCUGAGACCGCAGAGGCAUCCCGGAAGAAGAAAGAAAAACGGAGGAAGUGGAAACGCUAUCUCCUGAUAGGCCUGGCCACAGUCGGAGGCGGGACAGUGAUUGGUGUGACUGGGGGGCUAGCCGCCCCCCUUGUUGCCGCGGGAGCCGCAACAAUCAUUGGCAGUGCUGGGGCAGCCGCGUUGGGCUCGGUGGCUGGCAUAGCUGUUAUGACCUCACUGUUCGGUGCUGCCGGAGCUGGCCUGACAGGAUACAAGAUGAAGAAGCGAGUCGGGGCCAUUGAGGAGUUCAUGUUCCUGCCUCUGACAGAAGGCAGGCAGCUGCACAUCACCAUUGCCAUCACUGGCUGGCUCGGGUCCGGCAGAUACCGCACAUUCAGCGCCCCAUGGACGGCCCUAGCCCGAAGCCAGGAGCAGUACUGUCUGGCCUGGGAAGCUAAGUACCUGAUGGAGCUGGGCAACGCCCUGGAGACCAUCCUCAGUGGCCUUGCUAACAUGGUGGCCCAGGAGGCUCUCAAGUACACCGUGCUCUCUGGUAUCGUGGCUGCCCUGACCUGGCCGGCUUCCCUCCUCAGUGUCGCCAACGUCAUCGACAACCCCUGGGGGGUGUGUCUUCACCGGUCUGCAGAGGUUGGCAAGCACCUGGCACACAUCCUCCUCUCAAGGCAGCAGGGCCGGAGACCUGUCACCUUGAUUGGGUUCAGCCUGGGAGCCAGAGUCAUCUACUUCUGUCUGCAAGAGAUGGCUCAGGAGCAAGAUUGCCAAGGGAUCAUCGAGGACGUGGUCCUUCUGGGCGCACCAGUAGAAGGGGACCCCAAGCACUGGGAACCAUUCCGGAAGGUGGUGUCUGGGAGAAUCAUCAAUGGCUACUGCAGGGGAGACUGGUUGCUGAGCUUCGUGUACCGCACAUCAUCUGUGCAGCUCCGAGUUGCAGGCCUCCAGCCCGUGCUGCUGCAGGACCGGAGGAUGGAGAACGUGGACCUGUCCUCAGUGGUCAAUGGGCACUUGGACUAUGCUAAGCAAAUGGAUAUCAUCCUGAAGGCUGUUGGCAUCCGCACCAAGCCAGGCUGGGGUGAGAAGGGAUUCCCACUGGCCCCUGGCAGCCUGCCCCAAGAAGAGCCUCUCCAGACAGCCACAGUCUCCACAGAUGAGGUGAUCCACCAGGAUGGGCAAACCCAGGGACCUGGCCCAGAAGACUGUCUCAAAACUGCCAUAUCUUCCAGUGCCAGGCUAGCCCAGAUGCCAACAGAGCUGGACCAAUCCACAGAGGCCUUGCUCCCUACUGCUGCCAAUCCAGCAGAAGGACCCCUGAUCUGCAGCCAUGGUGUGGAUCCUAACCCAUUGGGCUGCCCUGACUGCACACAGGGGACCCAGGAAUCCUGUACAGAACUGGACUGACCCCAGCAGGAGCCUGGACUCUCUCUCCAGACCUCUGUAUGCAACUCUCUCUAAUACCUCUGGGCUCCCCAGAGAGUUCUGGAAGUGCAGAACUCCCACAAGUGCCUUUCUUAAACAGAAAGAGCCUAGAAUGGAGAACUAAUGGAGAAAGCACCUGCUCCUGAGGAAACACUGACCAUGUGACCUGCAACAUCAACCCAGCCCCAGGCCAGUAUAGGCUCCUGCCCUGCAGGUCCCACCCAGAGGCCCAGGAGUCACUGUGGGGCUGGAGGUCCCCAUGCUCCCUCUUCCUCCAACUUCAGUGGAACCAAGUGUCCUCUUGACCUUUUAUCAGCUCUCCAGGGCUGCCCGCCAGCCCCGUUUUCAGGUGCCAAUGAGGCAGCUUCCUUCCUCUGUCUUCUUGGGAGGUCCAGUCAGCUCGGUCCCAUAGAGAUGUACAGCCAGUGUGAGCUGCACAAGUGCCGGAGGAACUGAGACAUAGAUGUGAUGUGAGUGACACCCCACCCUGAGCUUGGGGAACAUGGUGGCCCUGGGUAGAACUAUAGCAAGAGGAAUAAAGGCAGAAUUCACGGUCGGCAUAGAGAGAACUGGGCCUGGUGAUAAAUGUGGAUUACACACAGGGAGGGACCAAUAAAUACUAAAGGCUUUUCUCUUGA